GUCCCUCGGACACAGCGGAUCACCGAUCACGGAAAGAGCCGAAGAUGUCGGCUCGGUUAUGUGAUUAGCUGUGUCCAAUCACAGCUGAACACAUGGGACAUGUACACUGAUCAUCAGGGCAAUGAUGCUCAGUGUGCCCUGAUGAUCAGUGUAGCCCCAGCAGUGCCACCUGUCAGUGUCCAUCAGUGCCUUAUGUCAGUGCUCAUCAGUGCCUUGUGCCAGUGCCCAUCAGUGCCUACCAGUGCACAUCAGUGUCCAUCUGAGCUGUCUUUCAGUGUCACCCAUCAGUGCCAGUCAGUACCACCUAUCAAUGCCAAUCAGUGCCACCUAUCAGUGCCGCCUGUCAGUGCCGCCUAUCAGUGUGCCAGUCAG